GUACAAGAAAAGGGUAACUAAGACUACUAGAAAUACCCCACUCUUUACCUCAUAUCUAUCCUUUUCAGCGAGAUCUCACCCCAGUCCAUGCCGUGGUACUUGAGUACAUUCCGUGUAGGGUUUUCCAUCAUUUAUUCUUACUUUGCCUACGUCCAAGUAAGAUGGAUUGCUGAUGCGGAGGAUCGUUAUCGCCGCUCCACGACGUGGAAAGCUGUCGUUGGGACGAUUUUAGAUCACAAAAUCGUCAUAAAACGUGGUGGUUCAAGCUACGUUCGGUAUAGCUUCAACGUUGAUAAUAAGGAGUACGUGGGUGACCGCUUUCGCAGCGGGGGUAUGCAUAAAGAGGAAAUGGUACCAAACCCAGCACUCCUCGGGGCGGGAACGCAGCUUAUUGUGUACUACAAUCCGGCAAACCCAGAUGAGAGCGCAAUCAAGCUUCAGGCGGAUCGUAGUGCAGAGUCCAUAUUCGUUAUCGGCACUAUAUUUUCAGUUAUCUUUGCGUACCGCGCUGUUCGCUGCGAGACGAUCUUGCCCAACAUGUUUUAUCGAUUUUUGGGCGUGAACAGAAGGAGAGGCGGCAUUUCAGGAUUGCGUCAGGCUCGGCCGCAUGCCAAACAAAAGAUGAAGUAUGGGAAAUAUACUGGUGCCCUUUAAGGUUAUUCGUGGUGUAGUUAAUUUAUCCAUUCACUUAUCAAUCUGGGAGUGACUCCCUUUCCUGAGGGGGAGUACUCUACACAAAGAGGCAGGAAACCACCUCAGAGAUGCCA